AAAAAUCUAAUAGAAAAGUUGGAAGAUAAAGUUGAAGUAAUGUCCCAGAAAAUAGAGCAAACAUUUUUAAAAAUGGAAAAUUGGAAAGAACAUUUUGAAAAACUAGAAGAUCGAUCCAAGAGGUCCAAUAUCCAACUAAAAAUAGAUCUGGAAGGAAAAGUCAAAAACAGAAAAGAGAAUGGAGAAAAUGAGCACAAAGAAAUUUCCCCUAAAUUGAUUUCCAGAUUAAAAGAGAUCGAUCUCUAGAUUAAAAGGCCCACCAAGUGCCCAUAGUAAAUGCACAUCCUUGUGAAACUUUAGACCUCUGGAAAAUCUUCAAAACUGCCAGAGAAAAAUUAGGUCACACACACAGGAUCAGGUAUCAGAAUGUCAUUUGACUUUUCGACAGCGACAAUGGAUCAUGUCCUGAAAAUUCCGAGGGGAACUUAUUUCCACCGUAGUAUUCUACGCCCAGCAGAGCUAUCAAUCAAAGCUACUGGAAUAUGUGAUCUGCCACAACAAGGAAAGAAACCAAGGGGAAAAUAAAAGGCAAGAGAUUCAGGAAACAGGAUCCCACAAGAGACAAGAGGCGCAAGAAAUUCUCAGAUGGUAGUAGGGCUCUAAGGGUCUGUAGGGCACCCAGUGCAGACUGGAGCCCAGGGAGGCUGCCUCCAGGAGGGGGUCUCUAAGAACGCAGAGACCUGAAAGACCACCUGGUGUGUUCAACCAGGUGGCAUAGUUGGGGGGUAAAUUAAUGAUAGAUGCGUAAGGGAGUUUUGUGGGUUUUUAAAUGAGGCAAUUGCAUGCUUCUGGAAAAGCAACACAGUUGUCCAAGAAGGGAAACGGAAUCAAAGCCCACCUCAAGGCCCAGCUUUGAAUCACAUUUGCAUAAUCAUAAGAAUUAAACACGGCAUACCGACAUAACAAUGACAACAAAAUGUUCUAACUAAACUGGGAGACAGGGAGGAAGGAAAAUGUGUGUGGUGGGGGUAGAUAGAGCGGCACCGAACCUUCAUCUUCCACAGCAGGGUGGCCAUAGAUAAUGUUUGAAAAACCAGAAAAUCUGAAUUAGAAGUGUUACUUAAAAAUAGAGGCACAUGACAGAAGUGCCACCUAAAAUGUGCAAAACAGUGGUCGUCUUUGGAAGUGAGAACUGAGACUUAGGGAAGCGUGGAGCAGGGGACUGACAUUUUUUAAAUAUAAGCCAGCUAUUUGACUGUUUAAACUAAUACAAGUAUAAAUAUGGUAGAUAAAAAUUAAAUUGAAAAGAGAAAAAAAUCCAACUGCUUGCCAGUCUAUGGAGCAGCGAUGACUGACGCAAAGCCCGGAGUGAAGGGAAGGAAGGGUGAAGGGGGAAGACAGCCUUGAACUCUGCCUGGAUUAAUAGGACAGGGCUGGCUUGCAUCUGAACAGAAAGGACGGUGGAAGCUCUGAGGGCAGCUUAGCCCUCUAAAGGAACAAGUUUGGGGAAAGAAGAGCAGAAGGCCGGAGACCAAGCCUGGGGGCGUAGGGAGGAGCCUGCCGGGAGGAGCGGUCCUGGGGGUGGGAGGGAGGACAGGAAUCCCAGGCAAGGAGGCCAAGGUGAAUGGUUAACAAGGUAACAAAGGCGUUAACAGUGUCAAAUGCUGCUUUGAAGUCUAGGGGACUUCAGAUAAAAACAGACUAUUGCACAGGAUCUCACACAGUCCUGGGUGAGCCCCUAGAGGGGAUUUUCCCAAAGCACUGAGGACAGAACAGAACCAGGAGCAGGUGAGCAAGCCUAGGGAGAAACACACACCUCCCCACGGCUCCUGGAUCUCUUCUUGUUCUCCGGGAAGCAGGAGGCUUAGUUACCAGAUGAAAUGCAUGCAAUGCUUGGGACAUACUUAUACUACAAAUUGUUGUUUAUCUGCAACUCAAAUUUAACUGGGCGUCCUGUGUCUUUACAUGUUAACUCCAGCAACCUCAGGAGGCCGCACCUUGGACAAAAGCAUGGAGGUAUCUGAGCCUUGCAAAUGGCGACUCUGCUGCUGGCCACUCCCACCAGGCUCCAGCCAUCUGGGAGGAGGGGAACCUCAGGGCGGCAAGCUCCAAAGGGGGGACCUCAGAGACCCAAGGCAGGAGACGGUAGGAGUUUUCGAUGAGCUGCCCCUCAGGUCAAAACCACCUGCAGUCCCUUCUAUAAAGGGAGUUGGUUGAGUGAACAUCUCCUUCGGCCCCAGGGGCAAGUCUGGUGCCAUGAAAAUGAUCAUUGUGCUUCUCAGAGCCUGUUCUCUCGUGGGGAAAUGAAGCCACAUCCUUGGGGCGGGAACAGUGGCAGACCUCCAUGUCCUUCUAUGAUUUUCUACCACACGCACAUAUUGCUUUUAUAAUCAGCAAAAGGCAAUGAAGACAUUUCCAUAUUGAAAAUAAAAUACAAUGAAGCCGCAGUGAACAAGAUAAUCUGCGAGGCCCCCUCCAAAGCUAAGAUUCUGCAAUUCUAGGUAAUUUCCUGUCCUUCACUGGCAUGUCAUUUUAGGAGCAUUCCGUGAUGCAGCCUUGUUGUGGGUUUUUUUUCACUUUGAUUUCCCCGAGGAUUCUGAGCCCAGCCACUCACUGCUCGUGCCCGCUGACCCUGAAUGUUGCCCGACCUGUGGAGCACACCAUCUUCCCACCACCCACACUCUUGGAGGUCACUUGGUCUGGCCUGGCUGGGCCCAAGCCUCUGGGCUCAUUCCUGACCUGGAGGACUCCCCAGAUGACCCUUCUGAAGCCAAGGAAAGCUUGGGCGUGGGCCCUGUGAGACCCAGGGGCAGUAAGACUCCUGGGUCCCCAUCAGAGCAGACCCAGAUUCUAGAGCUUGUGGCUUAACAAAUCCUGAAAGAGGGAGAUGUGUCCCCACACCCAGGGACAACUGUGUCUUUCCCAGUUCACUAGAACCCCUCCCUAGUAAGAGUCCCCACUGGAGGGUCCCAGGGGGAGAUGGAAAAUGCCCCAUCCAUAUGCAGCAUAUGGUGGACUCACAGAAGGGUGAGGGCCGCCGGUUCACGGGUUAAGAAAGCCCAAGUGGAACCUUAGAUCCACCUCCUACCAGCCCUGUGACCUUGGGCAAGUCCCUUAACUGAGUCUGGGCUGUCCUGAGGAUUAAAUGAGAUAAUGAAAGCAAAACACCAGGUGUUGGGGAACAGAAGAGGAGUUCACAAACAGGAGCCUUAUCUAGUUAAUCCUCAGAGAGCCAAGAGGCUGCCCUUUGGCCAGAAGGAGCUUUUUAUCUGCAAUUCCCACAGACCCAGGACUGCUCUGGAAGGUUCCCCCACCCUCCAAGAGUGCCCUCCCUGCUCCAGUCCAGGCAGAGGCGCUACCAGCUGCUGAAGCAGUGACUGGUCUCCCAGCUCAGGCGCAGCGGCCUGGCCCACGACCUUGGAAGAACCUGGAAGAAAGCUUCACCAAGCGACAGUACUUUUCCACUGCCCUGCUCGGCCACCUCAGCUGGCUUUCUGCUGUGCAGACAGAAGGCAAAGUGCGCCAGGCCGGCCCCAUAAGGAACCCACCCAAAAUCACCCUCAGAGAUGGGGGUAGAGACAUGCUGUGGGUGGGGGGCAGCCGGAAUCCUAGAAAGAAGUGAGGGGGGUCCCGAAUACGCCAAGGGGAGCUUGGAGACCACUAGUGAGACCUGAGAAAUUUGCAUUGGCAAAGCCCCCUGGUGCUUUCCUGGACAUUCCAGCAGAUUCCUACCCCUUAACCGCUCCCUUCACCCCCACCCCUCCAAUAAUAAUGAUUAAACCCGUUCUACCGCGCCUGUGCUGGGUCCCCGGCGAGAAGCAGCGCUGGCCUGCGCGGGGGGAGGAGAGAGAGGAGGGCGAGGGGAGGGGACAAGAGAGCUAGCGGUUCCGCCCGGUGAUGUAGGCAGCCCGGGGAGGUGGAGCCGCGACGCCUGAAGGAGUCCCCACCGCAAUCGCCCUCUCGGUCUACCCACCCGAGCAGCCAGUCGCCAGCCCCAGCUCCGGUGACCUCCCUACCGCCGCAAUUUGGGCGGCGGGGACCGCGAGAUCCCCCCUGUUUGGGCCUGGGGGGCGCCUCCACCACGCCCAGCCCCUGCCUCUCCUUGCUUCCCGGACGGCUGGAGCGACUCCCGGGGGAAGCUGUUCCCGGACGCUCGGCCGCCGCCCGGGCAUCUCGGCUGCCAGCCCGGCUGGGCACCGGGCAUCUGCGAAGCUAGCCUUGCCUGGCACUGGGCAUCUCCGGGCACCGACUGUCUCUGGCGCCGCACAGCUUCUCGCCACCGCGGGGCCGCGGACCUCUGCGCGCCCUCCCCUCCCCCGGCCUCCCGGCAGGACGCCCGUGAGCUCCGCGCGCCCCCAGCCCCUCUGGCCGCCGUCGCCGCUGCAGCCGCGAUGCUGCCCUGGAGACGUAACAAAUUCGUGCUGGUGGAGGACGAGGCCAAGUGCAAGGCGAAGAGCUUGAGUCCGGGGCUCACCUACACGUCGCUGCUCUCCAGCUUCCUGCGCUCCUGCCCGGACCUGCUGCCCGACUGGCCGCUGGAGCGCCUGGGCCGCGUGUUCCGCAGCCGGCGCCAGAAAGUGGAGCUCAACAAGGAGGACCCGACCUACACCGUGUGGUACCUGGGCAACGCCGUCACCCUGCACGCCAAGGGCGACGGCUGCACCGACGACGCCGUGGGCAAGAUCUGGGCGCGCUGCGGGCCGGGCGGGGGCACCAAGAUGAAGCUGACGCUGGGGCCGCACGGCAUCCGCAUGCAGCCGUGUGAGCGCAGCGCCUCGGGGGGCUCGGGGGGCCGCAGGCCGGCGCACGCCUACCUGCUGCCGCGCAUCACCUACUGCACCGCGGACGGGCGCCACCCGCGCGUCUUCGCCUGGGUCUACCGCCACCAGGCGCGCCACAAGGCCGUGGUGCUGCGCUGCCACGCCGUGCUGCUGGCGCGGGCGCACAAGGCGCGCGCCCUGGCCCGUCUGCUCCGCCAGACCGCGCUGGCGGCCUUCAGCGACUUCAAGCGCCUGCAGCGCCAGAGCGACGCGCGCCACGUGCGCCAGCAGCACCUCCGUGCCGGGGGCGCCGCCGCCUCAGUGCCCCGCGCCCCGCUGCGCCGGCUGCUCAACGCCAAGUGCGCGUACCGGCCACCGGCCUCCGAACGCGGCCGUGGGGCGCCGCGCCUCAGCAGCAUCCAGGAGGAGGACGAGGAGGAGGACGAGGACGUGGAGGAGCGCGAGGAAGCAGCCCCCCAGCUCGAGCGGCCCGAGGUGCUCAGCCUGGCCCGGGAGCUGAGGACGUGCAGCCUGCGGGGCGCCCCGGCGCCCCCGCCGCCCGCGCAGCCCCGCCGCUGGAAGGCCGGCCCCAGGGAGCGGGCGGGCCAGGCGCGCUGAGAGCCGAGGGGCAGGACUCGCGGCCCCAGACCCCGCCGGCCUGAUUUACAGCCUCUAACCCGGGCCCUGCCCCCUUCUGCUCUCCCCCUGACCCUCCAGUCCUUGCCUCCCUUGUGGUCUCCGUUGUUGCCCGCCUCGCGCCUCAUCCUGGCUCAGGGUGACGCCUGAUAUGCCCUUGAUUAUUGGGGGACGAGUAGUCGGGGAGCAGCAGUAUUCGGCGUUCACCUCUCCCCCAUCCGGAGUUUCUGGGCUCCCUCCGUUGCGGAAUUGCCCCCUACACGUUACACCAAGCCUGUCUGCCCAUAGACUAUCCCCUCCCUCCCAAAGCAAUCUCUCAAGAGAAGGAGGGAGAAGUUUCCAGAAAUCCAGGAGGGUAACCUUGGGCCUUGGCCAGGUGGCGGCAGUGGCUCUCUGCCCUUGACCAGUCUAGCCUUCCUCCCUGGGAUGAGACCAACCCUGGGGAGGCAUUCUUGUAGGGGAAGAAUAGUGGAGACUGGAGGCCAGGCACAAGGUGGGAAUUGAGUCUGCAGCCACCAUAUACCCAAGGAAGAAUUCUCAGGCCCUGUGUCUGGCCUCUCUACCCCUUGGAGGACUUCUGGGACUUCACUGCUCUGCUCUGGAGAGGGCUAGGAUGGUCCUACCCACCCAAACAACAGGUUAGGCCAGGUUAACAGCUCUCUGCACCAAGCAACUGCCCAAGUCUGUGCCCUGGCACCGGGUACGCCCACAGGACUCCUCACCCACCCCAUCUCUGCAGACAGAUGUGUAUGGUUCCCCACUAGGUGCCCCACAACCAGGACCAAGACGGGGCCUCCUAAGGAGGUAAGAGAACCAACCCAUGGCAGGCACUUGAGGACACUGACUACCCAGAAAGUGGACCCAGGAAGGGUGCCCCCAAGUCAAGGCUUGUCAGAGCAGAAGGGUCCUUACAGCAGCUAGAUUCUCAUAGCAGGAAGGAGGGUGUGGUAACCCAGCAGAGGGACUGGGUCCCUGCCCAAGUCUCUCUCCACAAGGCCACGAAAAGCCCGAAGAUCUGUGUUGCCAACUGAUCAUUGUAAAUAAAGUGGACCUGCUUUUUCAGCCUUGUCACCA